AUGGCCGCUGUUGAACAGCAGCCCAUGUUUUUUGCUGGCUCUGACGACGAAGAUACGCCGGAUAUCAAGAUGGACACGGACGCGCCCCCAGCACCGGACAUCUCAGAACCUGGCCCCAGCGUGGCGCCACACCGAACCCAGAGGCCGCUCUUCUUUGGGGACAGCGAUGAUGAAGAGGAGAUUAAGAUCAAGUACGAGGUGAAGGAGUCCGUACCCAUGGCAGACGUUGAAGACGACAUGGAACUGCAGUUGGAUUUAGAAAUCCCGGAUGUCGUUGAACUCCCUCGCACGUCCAGCGCAUCUAUGAGCCCUUCUGCUCAGGCCGCGAAGACGGAAGAACCCCCUCUAAAACGUCGCAGACUCUCGCCCCUUCAACAAGCGCCAGAUAUCUCGAUUCAAGACUCUUGGUACCUUGGCUCUUUUCUCGUCGACAGCGCCUGGAGCACGGUCAAAGGCACUGGAUACAUCAAGACUGGCGAGGAGAUUCACAUUGAACGCGACGAGAUCGACAAGCCUCCACCCCCUCCGGUCAAGAAGCCGGUGAAAGAGAAGUCCAGUGGCGGCAAGAAGCAGUUGACCAUCGCGAGUAUGCUCAAGCCUGCACCUGUCAAACCUUCAGGGAAAAAAAAGCAGGACACUGUCGUUCGCAUUACCAACAGCAGAGGAUUUGAAUUCGGACGUCUUCCGCAAGACGUCGCGUCCUGGGUCUCGCGGCUUCUUGAUCUAGAUAUCGUCGAGUUCCGGAAAUGCACCAUGGUCGAUUGUCCCGCCAAACUCACGACCGGCGCGAACUUGAUUCUGUCCUUGCAGCUGUUCAAGCGCAUCAAUUUAAAGCCCGUGAAGAAGGCGGGGGUGUCAUCAAAGGCUGGAGGGAAGUUGACCCAGCAGGACUUGCAAGUGCUGACUCAAGGACCUCGCCCGCCUGCGACAAAGUCGUCUGGGAAUGGUGACGACGAUGACGGCGAGGGCGAUAUGACAGAGGACCAGAUCAACAUGAUCUACCAGAAGGCACAGCAGAACGACAGGGAUAUGGGUGAGAUGGAACCCGCCGAAUCUUUCACGAUGAAAUUACGAGGAUACCAGAAACAGGCUCUCUUGUGGAUGCACUCCAUCGAGACGGGUGCCGCAUCCGCUCGAGAGGCAAAAUCUUUGCACCCACUGUGGAAACAGUAUCUCUUCCCCAUGGACCCACACAAUGAGGUACUGGACCUCACGGCUGAUGAAGAGUUCUUCUACUUCAACGAAUACUCAGGCGAACUCAGUCUUGAGUUCCCGAAAGCAGAGCGGAAAUGCAAAGGCGGCAUCCUUGCUGAUGGUAUGAUUUUUGUCACUGUUUGGUUCUUCGGCACUGACCGCACUCGUGUCUGGGGCUUGCUGGGUAUGGGUAAGACAAUCAUGCUGUCAUCGCUGAUACAAACGGCUCGCGAACCGGAACCCCUGAAUGAUGAUGAUGCCAACGGAUCCUCCAAGACGAAACAGCUCCGACUGAACAACACAUUCCGUGUAGCCGCGAAGCCCCAACCUCAGCGGCGCAAGGGUCCCUCUGACACGCUCAUUGUCGCUCCGACAUCACUGCUAGCGCAGUGGGCAGAAGAACUUGAGCGCUCGAGUGAGCCGGGCACUUUGAACAUCCUUGUGUGGCAUGGCCAAAAUCGACUGGACCUCGACUCAGCCAUGGACGACGACGAUGCCAUCAACGUCAUCAUCACUUCGUACGGUACCUUGGUGUCUGAGCACGCUAAACAUGAAAAGCAUUCGUCUUCGGUAUAUGAGAUCGAAUGGUUGCGUGUUAUACUCGACGAAGCCCACCACUGCAAGUCUCGGACGAGCAAAACGGCGAAGGCAGUUUACGCUCUUCGUGCACGCAGGCGAUGGGCUGUGACUGGAACUCCCAUUGUCAACCGCUUGGAGGAUCUCUACUCGCUUUUGAAAUUCUUGGAUUUUACGCCAUGGUCGAACUACACAUUCUUCCGAUCUUUCAUCACGUUACCUUUCUUGGCUCGCGACCGGAAGGCCGUUGAGGUCGUGCAAAUCAUCCUCGAGAGCGUCCUUCUGCGCCGCGAGAAGGAUAUGCUUGACUCCGAUGGCAAGAAGAUCGUAGAGCUUCCCGCGAAAGAGAUCAAGGUCGAGCGACUGGACUUCUCUCCGCUGGAACGCAAGAUCUACGACUCGCUGUACUCGGAUGCGAAGAAGGACUUCGAGAACCUGAAUGAGAAGGGCCUUGUCAGCCGCAAUUACACUCACAUUCUCGCAAUGUUGAUGCGGCUGCGACGCGCAGUACUCCACCCCAACCUCGUAUUGUCAUCAAGCGAACGUGGGUCCUCGAAGGCACCAGCAGGCAGCGGUACUAUCGACGUGGAAGAGCUCAUCGAGAAGUUCGGGCAGGGAGAAAACUCCGUGGGAGAUAGCAAAGUCUAUGCCGAAGGCGUUCUCGCAAACCUUGGGCAAGAGGGCGACGCGGAAUGUCCCAUCUGCUUCGACGUUAUGGAGACGCCGGUCAUCUUGCCUGAGUGUAUGCACCAGUCCUGCAAAGACUGUAUCGUGGCCUUUAUCGAAAAAUGCCGGGAGAAGGGCGAAGACGGCAAGUGCCCGACAUGUUCCCGUGGUCCAGUGAAGGAACGUGACCUGCUGGAGGUAGUCCGGGCGCGAACGAACGGCGGCGAGAAGGAUUCAGAGACACCAACAUCAUCGACCCAAGUGACGUUGCGUCGCAACGACUUCCGCUCGUCCACGAAGCUCGAAGCAUUGGUCCAGCACCUCCGCCGCCUACGCGACCAAGAUCCGUGCUUCCGAGCGGUCGUAUUCUCUCAGUUCACCAGUUUCCUCGACCUCAUCCAGGUAGUACUGGAACGCGAGGGUCUGCCUUGGCACCGCUUCGAUGGCUCGAUGGACAUCAAAAAGCGUAAUGAGGCGGUCAGCAGCUUCAAGGCGGCGUCCCGUGAGCCGAAGGUGCUUAUCAUCAGUUUGAAAGCAGGCGGAGUGGGAUUGAACCUGACGAAUGCGAACCACGUGUUCAUGAUGGACUGCUGGUGGAACGCCGCUACGGAGAAUCAAGCGAUCGACCGUGUCCACAGGAUCGGGCAGAACCAGACUGUCUACGUGACUCAUUUCAUCGUGAGCGGUACGAUCGAAGGCCGCAUCCUGCAGAUCCAGAAGCGCAAGACCGCGAUCGUCAAGGAGGCAUUCAAGGGCAAGCGCGACAGCGACCCCGAGAGCAUCGAGAACCUCAAGAUCAUGUUCGGCGACGACCACCCCAGCCAGUAUUGA